AUUUGAUAAACCGGGUUUGUUAGCAGCUUCGCAAGACAAGGCGUGUCUUUCGUACCGAUUCCACAGAAACUGAAUCUCGUUCUCGUAGUGACGCAAUCGUAAAAAGAACUUGAAAUAAUAAUCUAUGAAAAACGCGACCAUGAUUUUCGCCCGUACCACUACACGUUCCUCGAAAUCACCGCCCCGCGGGCCGGGACGGACCAGUGCCAGCGCAGCCAGCACGAGUAGGAAUGGAAGCGACACGGAAAACAAGGAGAAAAAUCAAUCAGAAGGUGCCUCCACGACGGCCUCGUCGAAUUUGAAAACGAUGAGCUCAUCGGGCGCCGUUCCGUCCACUGGUUCAACAUCUGCGCCCUCUGUGAUGAAGAUCACUUCGGAGACGCAUAAGCUGCCGGUUACCUGGCUACGGAACGACGAGCACAUGGAGCACCUCGGCCUGUCGAUGGCUCCGGGAAAAAAACUGCCCAACGGUGGUCGCGAUUCUUGCGUGUACGACCGUGACCUUUUUCAGGACUUGCAGUUUUUGAAAUCGGAACGAAAUGUGAAAAUGGUCGUGAACUUAUUGAGCCGAUCCGAGCUGCUGUCGCUCGGCAUCAAGCAGGACCAGUACCGCAAGCAUUGUUGCGACCUUGGAAUCGUGCUGUUAGAAAACCUCGCGGUCAUUGAAAUGGCACCAUUUUCAGACAUGGAAGAGGUACUGACUAAUACUGGAUGUUAGGUAUGGGUAUCGAAGGUGCAAAUUGUGUGCAUCAGUUCAUUUUACGAGUUGUAUACGAUAAUACAAAGUUGCAUUUCUGGUGUCCGACGCCACAGAUGGCUGGGAAGAAAAGAUUCAAACCAAACGCAAAUUCCCGCAGGUGCACCGAGUUUGCGGCGCUAUGGCAGAGUUGAGAUGGGGUCCAGGGUUUUUGUCAAAAGCGAGAGCCGCCGCGAGCGAUGACGUCCUCUUCUCGGCCUCGAGUAACUCUGAAACGGAGCUGAUGCCUUCCGACACGGAGGCAAACAAGUCCACGACCGCCUCCGAAGAGACGAUCAACAGGGUCUUGAUCCACUGCCGCGGCGGAAACGGGCGGACGGGAACGCUUGCUGCCUGCUUUUACCUGUUUGUGAAGGCCGUUGUCACGAAGAAAUUGGCGAAAAGCAAGGACGCCAUCAACUUCAUCCGCACUUUCCGGCCGCGCGCCAUUGAGUCCCGAAAACAGGAGGAUUGCGUGGUGCAAUUUCGCGACCAUCUGAGGUUGCAUGGGAUAGCAGUGCCGGAAGGCGGCGUCAAAGACAGUGCUCUGAUCGUCGGCCGAGAGACGGUCGGGAGCAAGCUGCGGGCUAGUAACAAGGUGGUUUCUUCAAAGGCAAAGCGAGUCCUCGGAGAGGCGAAGAACGAAGCAGAGACAAAGAACGAGCAGGCUCUUUUAUCUGGCGCAUCAGCUGAAACUGAGACACAGCGAGAGCACGCACCGCUCGGUGAAAGAGAAACCGGCGCGGAAGAUUUGGCAAUCGAUCGUGGAUCCAUUCCAGGAGUUGCGCCGACCGAGACUGAUGAGCAGUCUGCUCUACUUCUGAAGAAGCUCGUUGAACAGCAGCCGGAGCAAGAGGAGAGAUUUCGCGUGCGCAGCGCUACCAUCGAUCUCGGGGCUUUCGCGCACGACACCGAUUUUUCUUCUGCCUUCGCAACGACCACCGAGCGUGUGAGUACGCCCUCUUUUACAGGAGUGCAGAAAAAUCGGCCUUUGCCAUCCUUUCUUCAGGGUAGCAGCAGCAGCAGCACUCGUCCGGUUAGCCGAGGUGCCACUGCUCGACCCACUGGUCUUCGGAAACUGCCAUCGAAAACGCAGUUCUCCACUACCUCCCCGCAGAAGGCAGCCGUCACUCGAACCUGGCCUCCUGGCGCGGCAACAGGGCGGCUAAGCAACCACACAGGAGCGGCUUCGUUGUCCGCAGCAACGACGUCGCAAUCUCCUGUACCAGCUGCACCCGGCCAGUUUAAGGGGAUGCGGGGUACCCGCGUGAAAAACUACAGCACAUUAUCGCGACCCAGCUCGACGCCAAGUCUCGUCGGGGGGGUUGGUCUGGAUUUGAAUUUAAUCCCAAGUGCAGUAACUACUCCAGAUCUCGUGGAGAAAAAGCCAACUGGCGUAUUCAGAACGACCAUGUUGAAGGCCCCCGCUUCGAAAAUUCCGUCGAAAUCGACGUCUUCUACCGCUAUUUUUUCUGCUUCGGCCUCUGCUUCUGCUACGUAAGAUUUGUGAGUGAAAUGGACUUUUACAACACAAAGUUCGUAGGUACCGGCGGCAUGACGCUCCUAGGCACGAACAAGAUUUGCUAGUUACAGAUUUACG